AUGGCAGCCUUUGUGAACAAUCAAGCAAAGCAAGAUGAGAAGAUCAAUGUCAUCCAACAAAGUGUGAGCAAGCUUGAGGUAAAAAUGGGGCAACUAGCCCAUGAGUUGAGCCAAAGGAAGCAAGGAGUGUUUCCAAGUCAAGUAGUCAACAAUCCAAGGCAUGAAGCCAAGGCCAUCACCAUUUUGAGUAGUGGAAGGCAAGUUGAGAACAAUGUGUACAUGCCCACUAAUGAAGAAGUUGUAACUCCAAGAGAGCCACCGGGUUUUGAAAGGAGAUUAAAGCAUGAGCAAGUUGUGUUGGAUUACAAUGAAGGACAAGAUGAGGUCUUGAAAAACAACUCAAAUUCCAAGGCCAACCAUGAAAAAGAAGUGUCCAAUGAUCAUCCAAUCGAUAGACCAUUCCAAAGAGGAAUCACUUUCAAUUCUCCUUUGAAGAUUGUGCAAGAAGAAGUGUCUCUCCCUUACCCUCAAGCUAUAUGGCAACAAGAGAAAAAACUCAAGAAAGAGAGCCAAUUGAGGGAGAUGAUUGAUUUGUUCAAGAAGGUUCAUAUAAACAUUCCACUCCUUGAAGCUGUGAAGACAAUCCCAUCUUAUGCUAAGUUCUUGAAGGAUAUAUGCAUGAAGAAGAAAAAGUUCAAAGAACAUGAGCAAGUGGCUCUUUGUGAAGAAGUGAGUGCUAUCAUUCAAAGAAAGCUUCCACCAAAGCUCAAAGAUCCGGGAAGCUUCACUAUUCCAAGCAAGAUUGGAGAAACUACUUUUGACAAUUGCUUGAUGGAUCUUGGGGCAAGUAUCAAUUUAAUGCCCUAUUCGGCUUUAAAGAAGCUUGGUCUUGAAGGAGCUUUGAAACCAACUUCAAUCACUCUCCAAUUGGCGGAUAGAAGUGUGAGGUAUCCUAGAGGAAUCUUGGAGAAUGUGCUUGUCAAUGCUGCAAGGUUUGUGAUACCGGUGGAUUUUAUAGUCCUAGACAUGGAGGAAGCCCCCAUGGUUGACAAUGAGCUUCCUAUCAUCUUUGGAAGAGCUUUAUGGCCACUGCCAGUGUCAAGAUUAAUGUGA